UGCCAGUUCUCCAGAUAGUCUUGCUCCAGGAGAAGAACAUGGUCUAGACUGAAGAAACAACUACUUUCCUCCCAUUUCAAAAUAACAACUGCACCAUCAUGAAUUCAAGCACUGAACACAGUCCUGUGUUUCUGGUAUUUCCACCAGAGGUCGCUGUUCCAGAAUGCCAGUUAAGAGAUCUUACAGCUACAAGCUAUGGGACUCAAAGCCCUUUGAAAAAAUUAUUUGCUACAAAAAUGAAAAUCUUAGGGACCAUUCAGAUUUUGAUUGGAAUUAUGAACUUUUCCUUUGGACUUGUUUUUCUUUUCACCAUGGUGGAACCAUACCCAAGGUUUCCCUUUAUAUUUAAUACAGGAUAUUCAUUCUGGGGUUCUGUUUUGUUCAUUAAUUCUGGAGCCUUCCUAAUUGCUACGAAAAGAAAAACCACAGAAAGUCUGGUGAAAUUGAGCCGAAUUAUGAAUUUUCUUAGUGUCCUGGGAGCAACAGCUGGGAUCAUUCUCCUCACAUUUGGUUUCAUUCUAGAUCGAAACUAUAUCUGUGGUUAUUCUCCAGAAAAUACGCAGUGUGAUAACAUUACAGUCCUAUUCCUGGGAAUUCUGAGUAUGUUGAUGAUCUUCAGCAUUAUCGAAUUCUUCAUUGCUCUGUUUUCCUCAGUUUUGUUAUACUAGUGAGACAACUGCAAUUGCAAGGAAUGGUGUUGAAGAGCACUGUGAGAAUAAAGAUGUACCAUAA